AUGUCAUGGCAGACCGCUACUGCCCGCAAAGCCCUGAAAGAGGACUUAGAUAGCGUAACGACGGGUAUAUUGGUUGAAAUUGAUAACCAGACAAGCUCGAACCUCUUUUCAAGUACCCGGUGCAUACGCUAUCAGAAGUUCACCUCCUCCAUCAAUUAUAACUCGACCUACAUCAGGACUAUCGAAAUCCGGGUAAGGCUUAGGACGGAAGCAACCUGGAGGAAUGCCCAGACACCAGCCCCCGACUUACAGGCUGUUGCCCAGGCCGUGUCGUAUCGAGCGGGUCAUCCAAGGCAGGUGGCCAGGACAGGCGGCUGGGAACACAGGAAAAGUCUGGAUCCAGCAUGGUUUUGUCCAGUCAAACCUCCGGCCGAGACCCCUUUAUCCCUUUCAUCCCCACAUGGUGCUGUAACCCCAGAUCGAACCUCGACCCGCCUUGUCAACGAGCGGGUUUUGUCACCUGUUGAGAACAACACUCUAGCUUCGACUUGGAAGGCGGGGUAUGACUUGGCAAUAAUAUUUACCCUUUCAGGUAACGGCCAAGUUAACCAUAAUCAUUGGAAUCUUUGCAUUAUGGCCGUUAGCAUUCGGAUCCGUAGUGGCAAAAGAAACUCGUCGACUGGGCACGAAUCCUUUCAAGAAGACCCUCGCUCCGCCCCUGACCCAAAAAUACUCCGUCCGGUUACACCUCCUGAUCGAAUCGGCUAG